AUGAUCGGUAUUCUUUUUCUUCUUUAUAUCGAAAAGAAGUCAAGUUCUAUUAAAAUCGUCUCAUUACUCGAUUUUAAAAUGAUUAAUCAACAAACGUUUGAAAGUCUUAUAUUAACAAAUACGAUUGUCGCUGCCUUUUGUAUUGUUCUUUUGGUUACAUUUACUAUCUUUGUUAUUUUAUUUCUCGUUCCAUCAUUACGACGACGUUGGCUUGUCAAGACAAAAGAUAAACAGGAAAAUUCAUUGGCCGACGUGUCGUCAUUUAGUCGUCAGCCAUCAUUUCACCAUUUAAAUUUGAAUGCGCCUCGUCUCAAUCCAAUAUUUGAAUCAGCAACUGGAACAACAACGACAACAACAACUCAGUUUGGUACGUUAUUUCAUCCACAUGCAACAACGGCAACACUUCUUCACCCAACUGUUUGGACAUCUGUCAAUCCAGCAUCGAUUGUAUCUGCAGCAACUCAAUCAAGACCUAUACAAUCUGCAACCGAAAUACCCCAAAAAACAUUGAAAAAGUCGUAG